UGACAAGCGUCGUCUGCUUGUCUGCUAGAAAUGAUUUAAAAAUGAAAAUGGAUAGAUAAUCUUUAAUGGGAGCUUUCUCUUCUGUUUUUGCGUUAAGAAUUUGUUAGAUAUAGCCAAUUUAAGUAAUGAAUAAUUGAUAACGGUUUCGUGAAAUGCGUUUUAUAAAGUGCGUUAAACUACUCGUUGCUGUAGUUGUAAGCUUAUUCAUUUUGUGGCUGGCAAACAAACCGAGAAACACCAGGCACGACGAUUCAGGAUGGGACUUGAAAAAUGAUGAUGUUGCUAUACCUAUUAAGUUUGGUAAAAAUCAAAGAGAGUAUAUUGACUCUCGAGGUAUUCAUGUAGUUGUUGGACGAUAUGUUGGUGAUUCAUUGCCUGGUCCAUCUCAUCCAAAUUUAACUGAAGAAGUUUUGAAUCAAAACAACUUCAAUCCAAUUCCAUCACAAGGAGAGUGGGGAGAACCAGUAGCCAUCCUACCCCAUGAGCAUUCCAAAUCACAGAGUUUGUACAGGAUACAUCGGUUCAAUCUUCUUGCUAGUGAUCGUAUUCCAUUAAAUAGAACACUUCCAGAUAUUAGGAAACCACAAUGCAAAGAACUUUCUUACAACAUCAAUGAAUUGCCCACUACUUCAGUCAUUAUUGUUUUUCACAAUGAGGCCUGGAGUACUUUGUUGAGAACCGUUCACUCUGUUAUAAACCGCUCACCACCUAAACUGUUAUGGGAAAUUAUUCUUGUGGAUGAUGCAAGUAACAGAACUUUCUUGAAAAAGCCAUUGGAAGAUCAUGUUAGCGUGUUACCUACCAAAGUUAUGGUUUUGCGAUCCGAAAAAAGAAUUGGUUUAGUAAGAGCCAGACUUAUGGGAGCUCGUGAAGCCACAGGUGACGUUUUGACAUUUUUGGAUGCUCAUUGUGAAACUACUGAUGGUUGGCUCCAGCCACUUCUAUAUCGAAUUAAAACUAACCCAAAUGUAGCCGUAUGUCCUAUAAUUGACAUUAUUAGUGAUGACACCUUUGCUCUCUUACGAAGUUUUGAGCUUCAUCACGGUGGGAUGUCGUGGAAUCUCCAUUUCAGAUGGUUUGGUGCUUCGGAAACUUUAAUGUCGGAAAGACGCGGGAAUAUGAGUAUCCCGUUCAGGACCCCUGUAAUGGCAGGUGGAUUGUUUGCAAUCGGUCGCGAUUAUUUCCAAGAGAUUGGGACAUACGACGAUCAGAUGGAUAUCUGGGGUGGCGAGAACAUUGAAAUGUCUUUAAGAAUUUGGCAGUGCGGUGGUCGGGUUGAAACGUCUCCGUGCAGUCAUGUUGCACACGUUUUUCGGAAAUCGAGCCCUUACACCUUUCCAGGAGGAGUAAAUCAAAUUCUUUAUUCAAAUCUUGCGCGAGCUGCAUUAGUCUGGAUGGAUGAGUGGAAAGAAUUCUUCUUCAAAAUGAAUCCUGAAGCAAAUCGUCUCCGAGAUGCUCAAUCUAUCCGUUCGCGCCUGUCUUUGCGCAGUAGACUCAAGUGCAAUGAUUUUAAUUGGUACUUGAAAAACGUUUGGCCAGAGAACUUUUUCCCUGGGCCGGACAGAUUUUUCGGAAAGAUUAUUCACAGAGCAACUGGCAAAUGUUUAGAGCGUCCCCUUGGCGGCGGAGGUGUAUCGCAACCAAUCGGGCGUCUGAAGCUUGUUCCUUGUGUCCAGCAAUGGUUUGAUGCACACUUGUGGGUUGCUACAUGGAACAGCACUCGAAAAGAUGGUCGUACUCUUCCAGGCUACUUGAUGUCUGAUGAAUCCCUUUGUGUAGACCAUUUGGAUGGCGAAGCGCGAGCUAUGGCCUGUUCGGGAUUCAGUAAACAAUUAUGGCAUCACAAUUUGAGGACCAACGCGAUUGUGCAUGGCAAUUCUGGUUUGUGUUUAUCUAUUUCUCGCCCACCUGAAACUCCUGGAGAGGUCUCAGUUCAUAGUUGUGAUGGCUCGUCUGAGCAGCAAUGGACUCUUCAGCCUGAGAAAUGGAGUUGAUGUCACUAAACCCUGAUAAACCGUCAGCUCAUUAGCUUGGCUUUGUGCAAUCUUCCCAGUUUCUCACACCCCGCCUUAUUCACUUACCAUGUUAACUCAAGUGUUUAUUUCAAUGUCACUUGAAGACUUAACUUAAAAUGACGGCAUGAGCUCAAUUCAAUUUAUAUUUAAUUGAUUUGUUGUCUCACGUGUUGCUUGUUAAAUUCAAAGAAUAAAUUACGAGGAUAUUUCGUCA